AUGACUAUAUUAGUAAUUAGACGGCAACACCUGAUAUCAAGAUAUCUUAAAUUUUUACAUGAACGUAUAAUAUUACAGAUAGUUAUGUCAGAAGCAUCAGAAGCACCGAUAUCAAGAUGUUCGAGUUUCGGGCAAGAGUUAGCAAUAUUACAAAUAGAUGAAUCAGUUCAAG